AUGCCGCUCGAUCUCUCGCUCAAGACUGCGUCUACCAAGGACGCGCUCGAGUUCCGGGAGAAGCGCUUCCCGGUCUCGAACAACUGCUUCAUCCCGAUCGUGGGUGUGACGGGCUCUGGGAAGACGACGAUCAUCAUCAACCUCUUCCGUCUUCUCAAUGAGAUCUACCGCUACAGCCACAUCAUCUAUGUCGCCGCGAACUACCGCCAGGACGCGACGCUCAGGGCAGCGAACCUCACCCAGGUAGUUCUCGAGGACUACGUGGAGUUCGAGCAGGAGCGCGAGCAUACGAAGCACGUCUACACGGCGAGCACCGAUCUGCUGGACGUGGCCAUCAUGAAGAUCUACGAGCUCCAGGACCUCCACGCGAAGGCCGAGGAGCUCCGGGAGCAGAGGAGGCAGAUAGCGAGGGCGAUCAAGAUCGCGAAGGACCAGCAGCCAGAGCUCCUCGAGGACCUUGUUGCCCGCUACAUCACAAUCACCGAGGAGAUCGACUCCAUAGCGCCGACCAGCGACGGCACGCGUCCGAAGGUCCUCCUCGCCAUCGACGAUAACUCGGGUGCCAAGGCCUUCAAGGUCAACUCUGAGAACAACCUUGUGUACCGCCUCAUCAGGGACAGGAGACACCACAACACCUCUGUCCUCGCCUGCAUCCACAACCUCAAGGCCUUCCACGCGCCCUUCCGCAUGCAUGCGACGGAGUUCAUCUUCACGGCAGGUCUCAACAGCCAGGCGCUCAAGGAUGUUUACGAGGACCUGGGGAACAUCUUCCCGAUCAUCAACGAGAAGGCCCAGGACGGCACGAAGGCGUGCGACCUCUUCUGCGGGCUCUACGACAAGGUGACGGGCGUCUACCCGAACGACGAGAGCCGCCGCUACUACUUCCUCACCGUCUUCCGUAACGCAAGGGAGCUCAGGGAGAACUUCGACACUGUCCUCAAGUAA